GUUAGAUUUUGUAUUUAUCAUUUUCUUCUUCUCGUUGCAGUUGCUCCUGUGGAUUGCCGUGAUCACGUGCUGUUGUAACGUCCGGGGAGGGGAAUCCGUCACCAUUGUAGGCCACCUGUUCAUCGCUUCGUUCAAAGCUCCUCGGGCACGGAGUGCCGUGUUCGUGACGAACGACUCGCUCGUGGACGCCAGCGAAUCGAAGCCGGUGUCCAACACCACGUGCAAGACCAUCGUGCGGCGGUCUUAUAACGAGGCGCGGUACCCGAAAGUCGUUUACCACGUCCAGUGUGAUUUUAAUAGAAGUUCGCAGGAUGAGUGCGACCAAUCGACCAAAAAUGUGCAUAUGCUGUUCAAGAAGAACUGUGAGAAGAACAUUUGCUCCUACGAUGUUGAAGUAAACCCUAUACAGACGGCUUGUGUUAAAAAACGGAGCGCAGACGAAAGACAAAAAGAAGGGAAAAUAGUUAAAUUCUCAAGAGAUGUUUUGUUAUUCUUCAACAAGAAAGCAAAAGAUGAUGGCUUGGAACCAACCGGUGAAGACGAAGCGAAUAGGUUCGCCGAAUGCCAAUGGGAUUGGGUUCGGCACGUCGACGAUAACCGCUUCCCGCGGGUCUUCGAAAGAGCCGUCUGCAAAGACAACGAACGCUGCAAACCUGUAUUCAAGGAGAUCGUCAUGUUUGUUAAACGCCCUGAACAUGGUUGUAUUGGAGAAUAUUGCAAUUACGAACCACAUAUCUACAAUGAACCGGUG